ACAGAAAGAGAGAAAGAAGAGGCAUGUUUCUCGGAAUGAAGACAGAGCAAAUCUCAAUCUUCCUUUUUCACCUUAUUCCUAUAAUCAUUUUCAGACCAAAUGUUCAAAAACUCUCUCCCCUUAAUCUCUUCCUCUAAGAAUAAUUGAGUGGUUAAGGGAGAGAAGACGGAGAGUUUUUAUUUUCGUUACCGGAAAAUUUUGAUCUCCGAUGGCUUCUUCUCCUGAUUCUGCUCCUCCUCCAACAAACUCCAGCUCUUCUCCAUCUCCACCGUCUAAUACCAAUUCAACCACCUCUUCUCCGCCGGCUCCGUCUCCUCCUUCUCCUACUCCUCCUCAAGGAGACUCAUCAUCGUCUCCACCUCCUGGAUCCACAUCUCCACCAGCUCAACAAGCUCCUUCUCCUCCUAAUUCCUCUAAUACUUCGCCUUCACCACCGUCACAAGGCGGUGGAGGAGAAAGAGGAAAUGGAGGAAACAGUGGUGGAAAUGAUUCUCCACCGUCGCGCGGCUCUCCUCCUUCUCCUCCUUCUAGGAGUAAUGGAGAUAAUGGUGGUAGCAGAUCAUCGCCACCAGGAGACACUGGAGGCUCUCGCUCGGACAAUCCUCCUUCUAGCGGAGGUGCCAGCGGAAGCAGUGGAGGUGGAGGAGGAGGAGGAGGAGGAAGUAAUACGAAUACGGCGAUCAUAGUUGGUGUAUUAGUCGGAGCUGGACUUUUGAUGAUCGUUCUUAUUAUUGUUUGUCUUAGACGCAAAAAGAAGAGAAAAGAUUCCUUCUACCCUGAAUCCAUGAAAGGAAAUCAAUAUCAAUACUAUGGAAACAACAACAACAACAACAAUGCUUCACAGAAUUAUCCAAAUUGGCACCUAAAUGCACAAGGCCAAAACCAACAAUCUACUGGUGGUUGGGGAGGCGGUGGACCAUCACCACCUCCUCCCCCGCGGAUGCCUACAAGCGGAGAAGAUUCUGCCUUGUACUCAGGCCCAUCACGCCCGGUUUUACCUCCUCCUUCGCCUGCUCUAGCCCUCGGAUUCAAUAAGAGUACUUUUACUUACCAAGAGCUUGCGGCUGCAACGGGAGGGUUUACGGAUGCUAACCUCUUGGGACAGGGAGGAUUCGGGUAUGUCCAUAAAGGAGUUUUGCCUAGUGGGAAAGAAGUAGCAGUUAAGAGCUUAAAAGCGGGUAGCGGACAAGGAGAGAGGGAGUUUCAAGCUGAGGUCGAUAUCAUUAGCCGUGUUCAUCAUCGAUAUCUUGUUUCUUUGGUUGGAUACUGCAUAGCUGAUGGACAGAGGAUGUUGGUUUAUGAGUUUGUUCCUAACAAUACUUUGGAAUAUCAUCUUCAUGGGAAAAAUCUUCCGGUAAUGGAUUUCUCCACUAGAUUGCGUAUCGCCUUAGGUGCUGCUAAAGGACUCGCUUACCUUCACGAAGACUGCCAUCCUCGGAUCAUUCACCGCGACAUCAAGUCUGCAAACAUUCUCUUGGACUUCAACUUUGAUGCAAUGGUGGCUGAUUUUGGACUGGCAAAGUUAACUUCUGAUAACUACACUCAUGUAUCUACUCGUGUGAUGGGAACUUUCGGAUAUCUUGCUCCAGAAUAUGCAUCGAGCGGUAAAUUAACCGAGAAAUCCGAUGUUUUCUCUUACGGUGUCAUGUUAUUGGAACUGAUCACUGGAAAACGACCGGUUGAUAAUAGCAGCACCAUGGAUGACACCUUAGUAGAUUGGGCUCGGCCUCUUAUGGCUCGCGCACUAGAAGAUGGAAACUUUAAUGAGCUCGCAGAUGCAAGGCUUGAAGGCAACUACAACCCGCAAGAAAUGGCUCGAAUGGUGACUUGUGCCGCUGCUAGCAUUCGCCAUUCCGGGCGUAAACGUCCAAAGAUGAGCCAGAUAGUAAGAGCAUUAGAAGGAGAAGUGUCCUUAGAUGCUUUAAACGAAGGUGUGAAGCCAGGACACAGUAACGUUUACGGGACAUCGGGAACAAGUUCGGAUUAUAGUCAGACAUCUUACAAUGCAGACAUGAAGAAAUUCAGACAGAUAGCUUUAUCGAGCCAAGAAUUCCCAAUCAGUGACUGUGAAGGAACAUCUAGUAAUGAUUCUCGAGAGAUGGGACCUAAAAGCCCUGCUCCUCCUCAAUGAGAUCGAAUCAAUGAUUCUAUAAAGAAGAGAUUUUGGGGUUCUGAGAGUAGAGCCAAUGUAAGCUUUAAAGCAAAAGCAUUGUCAUUGCUUCAUUGAUUGGAUUUUUUUAUACUUUUUCGACUAAAUUGUGUUACGUUUAGAUCGUUACGUAUGUGUAUGAUUCUCUGAAACAGAUUGAGAUUUGAUUCAAUUUAUCAAACAUGAAACUACUAUUGUUUGAUUUUGGAUUU